CGGGCCGGAAGUGCGGCGCCGCCACUGUCCCGCCGCAGUCUCCGCUGGUCGCAGUCGCCGGUCGGAUCCUCUCGUGCGUGCAGCAUCAGGUCAGGUUUGAACCGCCACCAUGUCGAGCAAAAAAGCAAAGACCAAGACCACCAAGAAGCGCCCUCAGCGCGCAACUUCCAAUGUGUUCGCCAUGUUUGACCAAUCCCAGAUCCAAGAGUUCAAAGAGGCCUUCAACAUGAUCGACCAGAACCGGGAUGGCUUCAUUGACAAGGAGGACCUGCACGACAUGCUGGCGUCUCUGGGGAAGAACCCCACCGAUGCCUACCUGGACGCCAUGAUGAACGAGGCCCCGGGCCCCAUCAAUUUCACCAUGUUCCUCACCAUGUUUGGAGAGAAGCUGAACGGCACCGACCCCGAGGACGUCAUCAGAAACGCCUUCGCUUGCUUCGACGAGGAAGCCACAGGCACCAUCCAGGAGGAUUACCUGAGGGAGCUGCUGACCACCAUGGGCGACCGCUUCACAGACGAGGAAGUGGAUGAGCUGUACAGGGAGGCCCCCAUUGACAAGAAGGGGAAUUUCAACUACAUUGAGUUCACACGCAUCCUCAAGCACGGGGCAAAAGACAAAGAUGACUGAAGAGCUGCGGUUGACACUCCUGUUGCAUUGUUUCACUCACUUCGUGUCUCAGAAACACACACCCCAUAGGACCUACUGCGUGCCACUUCUUAGUUUCUCAGACAUUUUCCCCCAUAGGACCUACUGUGUGCCACUUAGUUUCUCAGACACUCCCCCCCCCAUAGCACCUACUGCGUGCCACUUAGUUUCACAGCUUUUCCUCUUUUUUAAUGUAUUUAUUCCAGAACCUAUCUGUCACCUAGCAUGUGUUUAAUCAGACUGGAACGGGGACAAUGUUGUAAAUUGUACUGAAAAUGAAAUGCAAAUAAAAAUCAACCAAUGUGAAAGCCCAAGAAAAUAUAUCCGUA